AGAAGAUCUUCUUGUAUCUGAUUUUGACACUCAAACAAAGGUUAUCGUGAGGUGGUCAGAUAUCAUCAUCUCUUUCUAAGCAUCCUGAUCGUGCACAAUGGCGAUCAGAUGCUUUGCAAGACGUAAUCUGGUUGCACCAUAUCGUUAUGCAAGCAGAGGGCUGGGACAGAGUAGUGCGUCGCAGAACGCUAUCCGCUCUCUGACUACCAGUCAAGCAUCAUUUGCACAGCAUGCAGAUGAGCAAAAGGAAAGAGUACCAAGAGUGUCUAAAAAGGGUGGUGUUCGGAUUGGAGAUGAUCAAGAUUCGCCUAGGGGUUUCUUUUCUUCACGUUGGCAAGAUCUUCCCAUAACAUCUGGUGAAUCGAGUAGCAGCAUAUCAGAAAGACAUCAACGACAAAUUAAGGAAUCGGAUACAAUUCCACAUCAUCCACUCGUACAUGAUUUGAUGUAUGAACUUCAAUCACACGAAGCUCGUCCAUCUCCAGAACUUGUUUGGCGAUUAUACAAUGCGAUAGAAAUGACCAAACUUAGCUCAAUUCAGCUUAUUGACGAUCAAACUUCUUCAGCUCAACUCUCGCUCAUAAUGCCCAUUCACGUACACAAACGGGUGCUGCGAGCCAUCAGUCCAUCUCUAGGCACUUCUAAAGACAAGAAGACAAUCGCAUCAGCAGCAGAAGUUCAGCAAUACCUAUCUCGAGUGAAUGUCAUCUUUGACAACCUAAGACGACAAAGUGCAGGAGCAACUCCGACAGCAGCAGAUUUCGACAAAGUGUUUCGUGAAAUUGUACAGAGCGGCAAUAUGACUUCCAUCUUGGCAUUGUGGUCCGCUAUGACUGGUUCGUCAUCGCAGGUACUAGAGCGUAGCAAUGCAAAAAGAGCGAGACAGAGAAAAAAUGCAAACGCAAUCAAUGCUCAAAUGACCGCAUUUAAUGUCAUUGAACCGACACGAGAGACUUAUUCGAAUUUGAUGCUGGGUAUAUAUAGACAUUUACAAGAUCAACUCAAAAGAGCUCUCAAAUCCGACUUGGAUUCUAGCAAAGAUCUCAAUUAUGGCCAACAAAGACGUCAGCGUUUGGCUGCAACGAGAGAAGGAGAAUUUUCUCAAUCAAUGAAAAGGGCCAUGACAUCAAGGUCACCGUUUGAGCAUUUGAAUCCAAGAGCACAGCAAGCAUUGGUGCUAGCAUCAGAAAGAACUUCGCAUCUUUUGCGAGACAUGCUUGAGCGUGACAUCCCUUUGACGAGACUUGCAUGUAAUUUGGCCAUGCGAGUGAUGCGGAUUACAGGAAACCUUGAUGCAAUGAAAGCAUUGACAACCUUGGCUUUUGGUGUUGAUUUGGACAACCUGGAUGGAAGUGUGGCUCAAUCUGCAAAAGGAAACCGGAAUGUUCCCACUCAUUUCCACGGAAAACCAGACGUGUAUCUUUUAAAUACCGUCAUUCAAGCACUUGGAGAACAGAGUACGGUAGGAAAGAUGGUAGCAGCAUAUGAAACACUCACAAGACCUUUACCGAGAUCGAUCAAAGCAGAUACACCAAUACCUGAAGGCAGUCUUUUUGCAACAGAUUUCCGAGGUUUGCUGAGCUGGAGUGAUCCAGCUGAAGCAGAUUUAACGGCGAGUGAUACAAACGCAAACCAACCAAACGAAGAUUCUGCAACAUUGAACAUAACGCCCAACACUGCAACUAUGAUUCACUUGGUACGAAAUGCAUGUAAGCAUCCUCCGCCACAACAAAUGAUGAUGUACAUCAGCCGGACGACGGAUCAACAAUUGGGACAGAUGAAGGAAUACGAAGCAAGACAGAAGGGUGUGUAUGGCAAUUUGGCCUUGUACUUUGUUCGUGAGGCUGUAUCCGUGCAAGAGGAGGACUUGAAAAAGAUGGCAAGAGGAUUAGGAUUCGAUCAAAAGUACGUGGAGGAGAUGAUUUCCUACUUUACCUCUCAAUUGCAAUCACUUGGAGUAGACUCGUUCUCUGGUUUGCCCAGUGUGGACGAUGAGAAUUUCAUGACGGAGUACGUUGACAGACUGCUGUAUCUGUCAAAAGAGAGCAGAUUAAAGGCGGAAGGUAUCUUGGCAAGCUUGGCAAGGGCACUCCCAAUCGAAGAGACAGAAAUUAUGUCAGAUGAACAGAAGCUUGCAGUUCAAGCAGCAAACAGAGCAGCUGAAGAGGCAUAUGCAGCCCGUCAAAAAUCUGCAAGAGAAUUCUUAGGAGGCAUACAGAAUGUGCCGGCACCAGCUUUCAACGGUUCUGCAGCUCCUCAAUCAUUCAAGCGAAUCGACAUUGGUGUAACACCAGAAGUGAUUAUGCCAUUGAUCACAAUGGCAAAACAAACUCGUACCGGGGGCAUCCUUCGAGAUGUUGGAGAAUGGCUUGAACGUUCGAUGGCAUUAUACAUCUGUGAGAUUCGGUUAUUGAAUGUUUCAAUGGCAAGUCAAAAAGCAGCAUCGCAUGCGUCAAGCAAAAGUCCAUCCUUGCACCCAUUCGUUACUCAAAUGAACGAAAGAAUCGAAGAAUUGCAUGCAGUCGUUCGAAAAAACGCAGAAUUGUACGUUUCACAAGUACGACGACAGCUUGUACAAUUUUCUGGAAAGAGGCGAGAAAGGUUCUACAGACGUAAGACGGCUAGAAAACAAGCAAAAGUGGCAGCUUUAGCAGAAGCUCAAGAGAAGAAGCGAGAAAAAGCAGCAAGACGGUUGAGGCUAUCAGAAGAAAAGGCUGCAGAUGCAGAGGGAGUGGCGGAAAAUGUUGAUCAAGCAAGACAAAAUGUUGUAUCAGCUUAGAUGUAUUAACAAAAUG